UUUAUUUCAUGGCAUCUCGCUCCUGUCAUCCUCUCCUAUGAAGGGAAGGCUCUGACUGAGCUGCGAGCUGAUAUGUGUCCUGUGCGGCCAUAGACAUAGCCACCACCGGUACAAACCUGCCUGGUUUCCUCUGGUGCUCGGUCUCUUCUGCCGUCUCUUGGCUUCUGCUUCUGCUCUGCCGCCUAGGGUGAUGUUUCUUGCAGGAUAUACACGUAACACCAUCCGUACCAAGAGAUGGUGAUGCUGGGGCAGCUGGGGCGGCUGGUCGACGGCAUCAAGUCGAGGCUGCGGGCCGGCGGCGGGAAGAGGGGCGGCAACGGCGGCGCGGGGAGGAAGGCGCCCGCGGCCGCAGCGGCAGGGUACGACAAGGUGGAGAAGACGGACAGCAUGCGGGUGGAGAUCCGGAGCCGGCAGGCGCGGAAGCUCAUCGCCAAGAACCUCGACGCCGCCGACUCCAUCGCGCGCGGCAGGAACAACAAGCGCUUCUUCCUCGCCUUCUGACCACAGCUCCUUGUUUUAGCACCAAUUACGAAGUGAUCGAUCGUGUACCUGAAGAAGCUGCAGCUACCUCUCUGUUGUCACUGAUCGUCCAUGUAAUACGUACACGUACUACCCAGUAUAUAUUUUGCCAUUUCUGAUCCUGCAAAUGGCCUGGGCUUCUUUUGUCGACCAGCAUGUGUGAGAGCAGUACGUCGUUCCGUACAAGUACAACACAGCAGUACGCCGUUCCGUACAAGUAUGUGAGAGCUCUACCAUACUACUACUAUUCUAUAC